CCGGUCCCAUAUAUAAUGUGUAUAGACCGGAACCAGGACCAGAGCAACAAGAAAGUGCUGGGUGAGUGCGCUAUACGGACCGGUCCGAUAUGUGUGUGUAUAGACCGGAACCAGGACCAGAGCAACAAGAAAGUGCUGGGUGAGUGCGCUAUACGGACCGGUCCGAUAUGUGUGUGUAUAGACCGGAACCAGGACCAGAGCAACAAGAAAGUGCUGGGUGAGUGCGCUAUACGGACCGGUCCGAUAUGUGUGUGUAUAGACCGGAACAACCAGGACCAGAGCAACAAGAAAGUGCUGGCCACCCAGGUGCAGGGCACGGUGAAGUGGUUCAAUGUGCGGAAUGGAUACGGCUUUAUAAACAGGAAUGACACCAAGGAAGACGUCUUUGUCCAUCAGACGGCAAUAAAGAGAAACAACCCUCGGAAGUUUCUUCGCAGUGUUGGGGACGGGGAGACGGUGGAGUUUGAUGUAGUGGAGGGAGAGAAGGGCGCAGAAGCCGCCAAUGUGACUGGCCCCGGGGGUGUGCCGGUGAAGGGCAGCAGAUUUGCCCCAAACAGAAGGAGGUUCCGUAGGCGCCCAUUCCGGCCAAGAGGGGAUCUGUCCGGGUCUGGUGGAGAAGGUGGGAAUGCAGAGCCUAUGAGUGAGGGGGAGAGAGGAGAGGAUGUCUCCCCCCAGCAAAGACAACCACCACGUAGGCGCCCACCUCCUUUCUUCUACAGGCGUCGCUUUGGAAGAGGCCCCAGGCCACCUGGUCAGCAGCAAGCCGCAGAGGAUGCGGAGAAUAAAGAUCCAGCAUCAGCAGAAGCUCAGCCUAGUGGAGAUGACCAGCAGAGGCCGCCGCCUCCACGCCGCUUCCGUCCCAGAUGGCGAAGACCUUUCCGCCCUAGACCUCCACCAACGCAGAACGCUGAAGGAGUAGAGAAUGCUCCCAAACCCACAGCUAAUGAAGAGCUCCGUCCAGAGCCUCAGCGUCAAAGGAACCGCCCCUAUUUCCAGCGUCGCAGAAGGGGAGGAGGGGCCCCAGGGCAGGCCGCAGCCCCGGGUGAGGAAAGAAAUGCAGCUGAGCCCAGCCAAAGCCCCCCCUCAGAAGCUCCAAAGCCAUCGGGUAGCCCUACAGAGGCUGGGAAGAGCCGGGCUGAGGCUUCGUCUCCUCCACCUCCAGCUGUGGCAGCGGAUGUCCCCGCUCCAGAGUGACCCCUCAAAUACCAGCUGCAUCUGUUAUCAGGUGCCUUGGAUUUCCAUCUUACUGCAGCAUUCAUCUUUGGAGCACAAUGUGGGAUAAAAUGGGGCGUGUCACUGUGUGGGAUAAAAUGGGGCGUGUUACUAUGUAUGGGAUUGUAUGCACUUUAGGACUUUAUUUCUGUAUUGCACUGACUUGUGUUGUAGUAAAGAUGGAAGACCACAA